CUUUAUUAGGUUCUCUGUCAAGUGGAUUACCAAACGCAGUGGGUGCAGUUGGAAGUGGUCCGCAAGGUACAUCCACCAAUUCAAACCCUAUCGAUCCCAGCUCAAUGCAGAGAGCGUAUGCCGCACUUGGACUGCCCUAUGGUAAUCAGCCACAAGCGCAGCCGCAGCCUCAGGUACAAGGCCAACAGCCAACACAGCCUCAAGUCCACCAGUCAAUGAGGCCUAAUCCAUUGGCUACAAACCAGAUGAAUGUGGUAGGAGGGAUGGGAGUUCCAACCCCUGAUCAAUCAAACUUGAUGUCUGACUCUGCUCUUCCACCUUCCCUCAGUACACCAAAUCAAAUGAUGAGCGACGGCACAAAUGUUGGUAACAUUAGCACGUUGCCGACUGCAGCACCUUCCACUAGUGCUGUACGAAAACCGUGGCAUGAACAUGUAACUCAGGAUCUACGCAAUCACCUGGUUCAUAAGCUUGUGCAAGCCAUAUUUCCAACCCCUGACCCAGCAGCACUGAAGGAUCGUCGCAUGGAAAACCUUGUGGCAUAUGCUCGGAAAGUGGAAGGAGAUAUGUAUGAAUCUGCUAACAGCAGGGAUGAAUACUAUCACCUACUAGCAGAGAAGAUUUACAAGAUUCAGAAAGAGCUUGAGGAGAAAAGGCGAUCUCGUCUUCAAAAACAGCAGCAGGGAAUGUUGCCAAACCAGGGAACCUUGACAGGUCCAGGUGGCCAGCCACCUGGCAUGUCACAGGCACCAGGCAUGGCUCAAGUCCAGCCUGUCCGACCACCUAAUACAAAUACCUGUAUAAGUGAACCUUACGACUUUGAGUUAUUUCCACAAAAACUUUUUCAAAGUACUGAGUGUCAACCAAUCAAACAGAAUUGUAGUAACUUUGGAGAUGGACCCUUGUCUAUGCCAAAUGUGCCAAAUCAGAUGAUAAAUCGAAUGCCAGGAUCUCAAGGUAUAAACCAGUUUGGUUCCAUGUCAUUGGGGAAUGUGCAGAUGCCACAGGGACCCAUGGGACCACGUGGAACACCUCCCAUGAACCAUACUGUACAGAUGAGCAAUAUGGGAUCAAUUCCAGCGAUGGGAAUAUCACCCUCCCGAUUGCCACAGCCCCAGGGUUUGCUGGGAGUACACACCAAUAACAUUAGUCAGUCCUCCCCCCAGAACCAGUUUAUGAACCAGAACCAGUUCUCUGCAGCCUCUGGUGGAAUGAAUGUGAAUAAUGUGGGCAUAUCUCAAACAGCAAACCAGUCUGGAAUGAAUCAGAAUCAGGCACCUGGCACUUCACUUCCUUUGAACAAUCCUGUAAGCAUGAUUGGACUACCCAGUGCUCAAAUGCAUUGUGCACCGGUUUCUCAGCCAACUCUUCGGCAAGCUCCUUCUCCUGCAUCUGUCUCUGCCCCUGUCGUUGUUACUGCUGCUGGAAGUAUGCCAUCUAUCCAACACCCGGCCCCAUCCAGCAUGACUUCUCCUCAACCAACAACCUCUCAGUCUCAGGCCUCCACUCCAGCUUCCUCCUCAGGGCGAGCUUCAUCACCAACUCCAGUGCGGAGCACAACCCCAAAUCAGACUCCACCUCCGACCCAGACUCCAACACGGCCUCCAACUCCAGUGCAAUCUCAGCCAUCAGUAGCAACACCACAAUCAAUGCAGCAGGCUACUGGGCCGCUUCAGCCUGCCACUCCACUGUCUCACUCUGCAGCAAGCGCAGAUGGUAAAGUAGCUACCCCAGCGUCUGUGGCUAGUACAGACACAAAUUCACAGCAACUUAUAGCUGAAGCACCACCGUCUAACACCAAGUCAGAGCUCAAAGUGGAAGAAAUUGAAUCAGAUGUACCAGAAACACAGGCGGAUAUCAAAACUGAGAAUGAUGUUCCUUCAUGUCCUCAGUUGAAGGAAGAAAGCAAUGAGAGUCUUGCGACUAAGGAAGAGCCAAUGGAAGAGGAGGAGGAGGAGGAGAAACCAGAGAUCAAAACUGAGUCCAAAGAAGAAGAGGAGGCUGAUACCAAUGCAUCUUCUCAGUCGUCAGCAUCACCGUCUCAGUCACGGAGAAAGU